CCCGUGGUGGACAAAUGCCGCUCCUACCGCGGCGCAAUUCCAGAACAACCAGGAAUUCCCCCCAUGGGAAGGGCACUCUAGUUUUAUUUAAUGACUAGGCUAGGCGCUCCUCCCCUCCCCCCUCCAGUCACCGCCUCUGCCGCACGUCACCUCGAAGGAACCAAUGGGGAUGGGCGCUCCCCAAGAACGCGAUGAAAAGCGCCUGCGCAUUACGCUUUCCUGUGAGGUUGCUGGAGUUGCAGGGCCCGGAUUGGCGCGUUGAUUUGAAAGUGGUGGGAACUGACUGAGAGUCCUGGACCGGGGAGAGGCAGAGAAGCCGCUGCUGGACUGACGGACGGAUUGGCUGGCUGGUUGAGGGAUAACCAGAUAAAAAUGCCCAAGGAAGAUGACAGGGUAAUUCCUGUGAAGGUGGUACUUAGGUGCCGACCCCUUGUUCCGAAAGAAAUUUCCGAGGGCUGCCAAAUAUGCCUCUCUUUUGUUCACGGAGAGCAACAGGUAGUCCUAGGCCAUGACAAAGCCUUCACGUACGACUACGUGUUCGACCCGUCUGCUGAGCAAGAAGAGGUAUUCAAUACCUCGGUUGCUCCCCUUGUAAAGGGCAUCUUCAAAGGGUACAAUGCCACAGUGCUGGCAUAUGGGCAGACGGGCUCCGGGAAAACGUAUUCCAUGGGAGGGGCCUACACAGCCAGCCAAGAUGACGACCCUGCUGUGGGAGUUAUCCCGCGGGUGAUCAAGCUGCUGUUCCAGCAGAUGCGAGAAAAGACAGAGUGGCAGUUCUCCUUGAAAGUCUCCUAUUUAGAGGUCUACAACGAAGACAUCUUGGAUCUCUUGGCACCAGCCAGAGAGCGGUCCUCUACAAUCAGCAUCCGCGAGGACCCCAAGGAAGGCAUCAAGAUUGUGGGAUUAACGGAGCACGAGGUGACUAGUGCCCAGGAGACUGUCCACUGCCUAGAGCAAGGCAACAACUCCCGGACGGUUGCCGCUACGGCCAUGAACACUCAGUCGUCUCGUUCUCACGCCAUCUUUACCAUUUUGAUUGAGCAGAAAAGCAAGAGUAACUCGAACAGCAGCUUUCGCUCCAAACUGCAUCUCGUAGACCUAGCUGGUUCUGAAAGGCAGAAAAAGACCAAGGCUGAAGGCGACCGACUAAGGGAAGGGAUCAACAUCAACAAAGGGCUGCUUUGCCUGGGGAAUGUCAUCAGUGCUCUGGGGGACGAAUCUAAGAAGGGCAGCUUCAUCCCUUACAGAGAUUCCAAGCUGACCCGCCUCUUGCAAGACUCCCUGGGAGGAAACAGCCACACGCUGAUGAUCGCCUGUGUGAGUCCCGCCGACUCCAACCUGGAAGAGACAUUAAACACUCUUCGCUACGCUGACCGGGCCAGGAAGAUAAAGAACAAACCAGUUGUCAACAUCGACCCCCAGGCGGCAACCAUCACCCAGUUAAGGUUGCAGGUUCAGCAGCUGCAGGUCUUACUGCUGCAGGCACACGGCGGGACACUUCCUGCAUCUAUUGGUGGUGAACCCUCUGAGAACUUGCAGUCUCUGAUGGAGAGGAACCAUUCCCUUAUGGAGGAGAACGAGAAACUCAGCCGCGGCCUGAGUGAAUCAGCUGGUCAGGUUGCCCAGAUGCUGGAAAGGAUCAUCUUGACAGACCAGCAGAAUGAAAAGAUCACCCUGAAACUGGAGGAGCUCCGAAAACAUGCUGCGUUGAAACUGGAUCUGCAGAAGUUGCUGGAUACUCUGGAGGACCAUGAGCAAAGAGAGAACAUAGAAUUGCUGUGCAGCCUGCAGGAAGCAAUCACCCAGUUGAUGAAUGAAAGCCCUGCCUGUGUCACUGAAAUGAACACAUCUGAUCAAGACCCUGGCACUGCUUCAGAAGCGGACGCGGAGGCUCCGGGCUCCUCUGAGGAGUAUGCCACUCGGCACGCCCUCCACCAGGCUCAGAUGUCGAAGGAGCUCCUGGAGCUCAACAAAGCCCUGGCGCUGAAGGAAGCCCUGGCUCGGAAGAUGUCGCAGAACGACAGCCAGCUGGAGCCCAUCCAGUGCCAGUAUCAGACUAAUAUCAAGGACUUGGAAGUGGAGGUUUCCAAACUGCAGAAGGAGAGAGAAGACCUCGUCCUCGCGCUUCACAUGACAAAGAAGGAUGUCACCCAAGCAAAGCUGAGCGAACGCCGUAGGAAGAGGCUGCAGGAGCUUGAGGGGGAAAUGGCAGAUCUGAAGAAGAAACUAAAAGAGCAAUCGAAGCUUUUGAAGAUGAAAGAAUCCAGUGAGCGCACAGUGUCUAAACUGAACCAGGAGAUCCGGGCAAUGAAGAACCAGCGUGUUCAGCUGAUCCGUCAGAUGAAAGAGGAUGCUGAGAAGUUUAGACAGUGGAAGCAGCAGAAAGACAAGGAAGUCAUCCAGCUAAAGGAACGGGACCGCAAGAGGCAGUAUGAACUCCUCAAGCUGGAGCAGGACUUCCAGAAGCAAGCCACCGUUCUCCGUCGGAAAGCAGAGGAGGCUGCCGCCGCCAACAGACGCUUGAAGGAUGCCCUGCGGAAACAGCAAGAAGUUGCUGAUAAGCGGAAAGAGAACCUCGGCCGUGGAAUUGAAGGAGCUGCUGCCCGGGUGAAGAGCUGGCUGGCAAACGAAGUCGAGGUCCUCAUUAGCAUCGAAGAGGCUCAGCGCCAUCUCAACGACCUCCUGGAGGACCGGAAAACGUUGGCCCAGGAGAUUGUGCAGCUGAAAGAGAAGCGUGACGCUGGGGAGAACCUGCCCUCGAAAUACAAGAGACGGACCUUCUCCCACAAAGCGGUGGAAAUCGACUUGUCCAUCACCAAGCAGAUUGACAGCCUGGAAACAGAGAUGGAGCUCAGGAAUGCCCAGAUUGCAGACCUUCAGCAGAAACUGCUGGAUGCUGAUACCGGAGACCGCACCAAGCAGCGGUGGGAAAGCAUCUCCACCAUCCUGGAGGCCAAGUGUGCCAUCAAGUACCUGAUUGGCGAGCUGGUCUCCUCUAAAGUGGAAGAUGCAAAACUGGAAAACCGCCUCCUCCAGACGAAGGCCACUUGCACCGAUAUGCACAAAAUGCUCCUCGAAGAGCGCAAAGUGGCGGCCGAAAUGGAGGCGGACCACGAGAAGCAGCUCGUGCAGGUGGAGCAGCAGCAUCAGGAGCAGGUUCUGUACCUGCUCAGCCAGAUCCAGUGUAAAGAAGAAGCAGAGAAGAGCCUGGAGAGCUCGAUUUCGAAGCGGGAGCAGGAGCUCCUCCAACGCCUCAAGUUCCAGGACAAGGAACUGACCAAGAUGAAAGAAGUCUGUGAAAAAAACACUGAGCUUCUUGAAGAGCUGGAAGCGGUCAAGCAGAAACUGAGAAUUCUUCAAGCUGCCAGUGUCCAGAAAAUCCGCCCUGCUGAGCCAGCACUUGAAGAUGCCCCUGAUUCUCCCUUUGAUUUUAUCCCACCCAAGCCAAAGCCCCGCAGGCAGACCACCGCCAGGGCUGUACUGGAGAGCUCCACAAAGGAUGAGACCUCCUCUGAAUCGGAAGGAGGAGAAAUGGAGGAUGAUGAGUGGGUGCCAUCAAAAAUAACCAGAAUCACCAAGAAGAACAUCUUGGGGUGCAACUGCAAAGGCCGCUGCGGCAACAGACACUGCGGCUGCAGGAAGCAGAAGCUGACCUGCUCGGAGGACUGCCGGUGCGAGUCCCAGAAGUGCCGGAACCGGGACUCUGGGGUCUUGGGGACACUUACAAGUGAGCUGACAGGGGAUUCUAAGGGCAGCACCUCUGUCAGCCUCCAGGAUCCCACUCUGGUGCCCGGAGGAGACACUUUCUUUGAGCCUCCGGAUAUCACACCAACCAGGAAGGUUCUAGAGGAAACGACCAUGCAGGAGAACAAACAGCUCAACACCACCUCUUUCUUCGAUCCGGAUACCCUGGAAGGUGAUGAGAAUCUGCCCACCAUGAAGAAGCGGAGGAAGCGAGCCCUGACCAGCACCAGUGGCUUUUUCUCCGGCUGCACCCCUAUCAAAGAGGACUUUGUGGAAGGGUAGCAGGCACGAAACGGAUAGGUGGACUCUGUAGACAACUGUGUACGUAGUUUUUGAAUGAACAAAAUGUGAAGCUUGCCUUGUUGCGCAAGAACAGGCUGAGCUUGAGAGGUGCAUCUCCAAAGAGCUGCUGCCCUUGGCAGGUCUAAUGGGGGUAAAAGCAUCUCCUCCUCAAGAGGCUGAGCUUCCAAGAGGAGGUUUAGGUGGACAACUGAACAGGCGCGAAGGCUUGUUGUACUUGCUGGAAGCUGUUUCCAGCAGCUCGGCUGGCAGAAGACUAGGCCUGUCCUGAGACACCUUGGGGUCCCUCCAGCACCUCUUGCAGUUACAAGCAUUGGGUGGGGAUGUACUUUUCCCCUCUCGUCUUUCUUUUUCCACCCCAAUGUUAACCAAGAGGGUCUCUGAAUGCCUCUUUUACUUGAAGUACAAUACUUUGAACUGAUGUACAUCGCUAGCAUAGUGUGCAACACUAACCCUUUAAGAAGAUUCACCAGAGUCCAGGCUUAUUUUAAACGCUCUUACUGACAGAACCAAGUUGUAUUCAGGAUCUAUAGGACUCCCCUUCUGUGCUUGGCAGGGAGUCAUCCUCCUGAUCUUGAGUUACACAGUAAGGUUUUAAGACAUUCCAUUUGCUGUUUUAAAAUCCCCACAUGGGGGUCAUUAAAAAUGGUAGUUUUGAUUGGCAGAGCCUGCCUCCUUGUAUUAGAACUCCAUCCCCAUGUCACACCAUUUUAUGAGCCUUGCUGUACAUGUUCAUGUGUCAAUGUAUAUUUGAUAAUAAAGGUACAAUGUUGAAUUAGA